GGGAGGCGGGGCGGCCCGGCCGUGGGCGGAGCGGCGGCCGCGGCCGUGAGCCCGCCCCCAACUCGCCCUCCGCCGGCUGGCCGGCGCGGCCAUGGAGGUCUACAUUCCGUCCUUUCGCUAUGAGGAGAGUGACCUGGAGCGGGGAUACACGGUGUUUAAGAUAGAAGUGCUAAUGAAUGGAAGAAAACAUUUUGUUGAAAAGAGAUACAGCGAAUUUCAUGCUUUGCACAAAAAGCUUAAGAAAUGUAUAAAAACUCCAGAAAUCCCUUCUAAACAUGUUAGGAACUGGGUCCCCAAAGUCUUGGAACAGCGACGACAAGGUUUGGAAACAUACUUACAGGCUGUCAUUUUAGAAAAUGAAGAACUUCCCAAACUGUUUCUUGAUUUCCUAAAUGUGCGACACUUGCCCUCUCUACCAAAGGCAGAAAGUUGUGGAUCUUUUGAUGAAACAGAAUCUGAAGAGUCAAGCAAACUGUCCCACCAGCCUGUGCUGCUGUUCCUCAGGGAUCCAUACGUCUUGCCUGCAGCCAGCGAUUUUCCAAAUGUGGUUAUUGAAGGAGUCCUCCAUGGGAUAUUUUACCCUCAUCUACAGCCCAGGUAGAAAUCCUACAUGGCUAAAAGAAGCAGAAGCAAGUUUCGAAGUCACAGUCAAGGAAAUCAAUACCUACCAAGUUAACCUAAACGCUAUGAUAUAUAACAGCUCUAGCUAGUGGUAAAGUGCACAGUCCCAGCGUAAUUCAGGGCAGGGACAUUUCCAUUAGAAUGGUGCUCUUAAAAAUAGAAACUGAACCGGGGCGGUGGUCAGGCUAAGGCCAAGUGUUUAAGAAGUAGAGUGUAGCUGCCAGCGUAGAAACCCAUGAAAAGGAGGCCACAGGAGAUUCCUGGGAGCACUGGGUGUAGCAAAACAGCCACUCUCUGCUUCAGUCGCACCAUUUGCUAAUUGAAAAUCAUAUCCUGAAUCGUACUGAGACUGAUCAACUUUGGUAGCUUUUUUGUUCAGAUCUUAUGACACACUACUCUUCUCACCAUGAGAUUUUCUCAGCCAGUGAUAGUACAUUCUGAAAUGCUGGCACCAGGAGACAGCCACAGACACACACUGCUAAAUGUGAAGAUGGAACUAAACUGGAAAUUAAAUUAUACUGACAAUAUUAUGGCAUUUUUAAGAUCAUGGCAUUUUAAUUUACAUUAGAGUGGAGUUGCAUCAUACUCAGGGGUUAGCUUCCAAGAUCAGUACGUAGGUAAAAUGGGCUAUUAGGAUGAUCCUUGAAAGCCCUUUAGAUGGGUGCCAUGUUGGAAACCUGUACAUCCACAACAAGUAGCUUUUCUUCCUGUGUUGGAAAAAAAGACUGUUUCUUUGUUUGAAGACCAAGUGAAGUUGUUGGUGUUUGUUUAGGAGCCAUUUUGUAAAAAAAAAAAAAAAAAAAGAA